AUGGAAGACCAACCUAUGAUCAACGCGGCCGAUGAGAGUCAUCACGAUGAAGACGAUCGCUGCUUCUCCUUCAAAGCUGUGCGGGCUGCCGUCGACGACAUAUUUGCCUCGAUUCGCACUCGCAGACAGCGGAGAAAAGAGAAUCGAGCCGCACGGAGAAACGAUCAUCAUAAGCUUCACGACCUUACCUCAGAUGACCAACCAUCGUCCAUCGACGAGUUCAUUUCACAGCCCGCCCCUGCUCUGCCUCGACAUGGUGCCGGCAUAUCGCUGCCCCGUUUCGUGAACAAUACGAGGGCCGAACCGAGCUGGCUUGAGCUUUGGGCCGCGAACAACGAGGCCUGGAGCCGGUCACGGGAGAUGUGCCGCGUGCCGGACGAAAUCGUCAACAUGAUUACAGAAUAUUUUGUCCGAUCGCAGCCGUCGGUCAAGUAUGUGACGGUCCGAGGUGUGUAUCAUUGCGCCUGCCAGGACCAGUACCGGCAGGUCAAGACUUGGACGGGCGAUGGACAGCCUGCUUAUGGCGAUCACUGCUGGUGCCACAUCAGAAACUUGAAUCUUCUGACCCUCGGUUCUACCCUGAGACGAGAUAUGCGCUUGCCAGAAGACGACAUUGUGCGCGCUGCUGCGGUUGGCGUGCCGCCUUCGUAUGUCAUUGAGCAGGUCAGCAGCAAAUUUGCUCCCUACAACCGGAGCGUGAACGAGAAGCCACUGUUCGGACAAGCCUGGACGGCGAAUAUCAGAGACAACGAAGACGCUCAAGGCCAUUUCUUCCGGUAUGGUCUAUUCCCACCGAGGAACCUUGUCCCCCGACAUCGCCGGCUGCCACGGGCUCGGCGAUCGAGAGACAUCAACGAACGCAGCGAGACAGCACGCGUGGACAUCAACAGGCCCGGCGACAAUGUCGGUCUCUACAAAGAAGAGGAUCUCUUCAUGAUCAAAUACCCCUACAUUGAGCCCGCCUAUCCAUGGCUCAACGACCCGUACCGCGUGUGGCAGCUCGACAGCAGUUUCCACUACAUCAAGCGAGCUGCCAUGGAUCUGACCGAGUUCCGAAGGCUCGGGCACGGAGAAGAUAUGAAGAUGCUCUUCCGCAACAUGGACCGGAAUGAACGAUGGCCGCAUUUUCACGCACGCGGCAUGCAUGUGAGCGGCUUGCCGAUGGGAGGUCCUGCCUCAGUCAUGUACGACCUCCCGGACGGCGAUCCGAUGGGUAUCCGGACGGUGCAGGAAGCGCCCAACCCGGGUGUGGAUAAUGACAUGAUCGAAGUCGAAGUCCUCAAUGUCAGGCAGGGGCUUGACCCUGCUCGCGGCUUGUGCCUGACACCCCCCAUCCAUUAUUGGAGCUGGGCCCUACCGCAGGCGGAGAUGGACGAGAACGAGGACCUUCUCGAGAACCUGCUCAUGGUCUUUCAACAGGACCUCGAUUUCCGUGACAUCGAUCUCGACAUGGUUCCACAGGAUGUUAUCGACAUGGUGCAAAACCGCAUCCGCCUCCAUCUCGAGCAGGCCAGCAUCGAGGGGCUCGAAGAACAUCGCGAACUGUAUCGCCCCUGGGCCGACAACAGACCCAACGGCGCCACGCAGUUCCUCGCCGACGUGCUGUCGGGCUGCGACGACUUCUUCCUCGUGACGCCCCUCACCUGGCACCCCGACGUCGAGGAGGCCGACCUGACGCGCUACCUCAGAAGCAUGCAACACGUCGACGAGGGCCCUUGCACGGAGUGCGGCUCUCGCCACGACACCUACCCCCAGCGGUUCCAUGCCACGCGUGACAUGGACUAUGUCGAGGUGCGCCUCUGCAGCGGCCUCGAGCUGUGGGAUAUGGACGAGCUCCAGCGCCUAGAUAGGGACAGACAGGCCAUUUUUGACGCCUGGCCUGUGGUCACGCACUCGCUUCAGCCGUUCCGGCGGCCGCCGUCCGUUCGAUUCUUGACUCUGUUUCCGCGUGAUAGCAGGGUGUGGUCCAAGUUUUGGAACUUGCCCUGCGAAGACGGUGGCCACGAGCUGGGUACCGUUGGCAAGUAUACUCCCGGCCGGAAGCGAGCUUUCAGAGAUACGUAUACUGGAAACGCAGACGAUGAAGAGCCUGCGGGAGACGCACAACUCGAGGUGCCACUGGAGGAGACUGACAGCUCGGAGGGUUCGCCAGCCCAGGGAGCUUUUGCUUCGAUGAGGAAGAGGAUCAAAACCAGAGCUACGGCGGGCCAUCUAGCGACAAAGGGGUUCCUACAGAGCAUGGAGACGAACUUUAGGAAUGGUCUAGCAAGUGUGCGAUUGCAGGGAACGCGUCCCGCCACCCAAAGGAGGCCGCUGUCUGGAAGUGAUUUCGAUGGGAUAGCUUCGACUCGCCAGCAGCUCAACCAGGGGGAUGCUGCCGCCGCCAUCCCUCCUCAGCUGCCCGUCUUCCCUGGCGGUCCUCCUGACAAUUUGCAGCCUCCCUAUGCACCAAUCACCCAGACGCAGACUGUCCGGCACAUGCUGAAUCCCGGAGUCAACAUUCUAGGGCUCAAUACCGAAAUGGCUUUCGGACUCAAUAACCAGGUUCAGGCACACGUCUACGCCCAGAUCGCCGCUCUCGGCUACGAGGUCCCCAACAGCGAGACGCCAAACCCCGUGCCCCCUGGUCCCGCGUCCCAGUUCAUCGCCGGCGGCACGACCGCCCACACGGUCCUCGUCCGGCAGCGAUGGAACCCGGCCCCGUCCGAGGUGCUGUCCCUCGGCAACCGCCUCCGGCGCUACCUCCUGACGCCCGCCAUGCUCGCCGUCUUCGCGAACCAGUACACCCUGGCCCAGUUCCGCCACCUACCACACCCACUGGCCCUACCCAGAGGCGCCGCCGGGUCCCUGGCCCUUCUCGAGAGACCUGACGCCCGACAGGUGGCGUCAGCACGUUCCCAGGGGUCCUCCGACCCCGUGCCGCGCUGCUGA